UACCUAUCCCUUUUCUGUCUUCGGCCUCCGGCAAGAUGGCAGCGCAAAUCUCGAAGAAGAGAAAGUUUGUGUCAGAUGGCAUCUUCAAAGCAGAGUUAAAUGAAUUCCUGACCAGAGAACUUGCUGAGGAUGGCUACUCUGGUGUGGAGGUCCGUGUCACCCCAACAAGAACAGAAAUCAUCAUCCUAGCAACCAGGACCCAGAAUGUCCUAGGAGAGAAAGGCCGCCGUAUUCGGGAACUGACUGCUGUCGUUCAGAAACGGUUUGGUUUCCCAGAAGGCAGUGUGGAGCUGUAUGCUGAGAAGGUUGCCACCCGUGGUCUGUGUGCCAUCGCCCAGGCAGAGUCGCUGCGCUACAAGCUGCUCGGCGGUCUGGCUGUCCGUAGGGCUUGCUACGGUGUGCUGCGUUUCAUUAUGGAGAGCGGAGCCAAGGGUUGUGAGGUGGUAGUCUCUGGCAAGCUGAGAGGUCAGAGAGCCAAGUCCAUGAAGUUCGUGGACGGCCUCAUGAUUCACAGUGGAGACCCCGUGAACUAUUACGUUGACACUGCUGUCCGCCAUGUACUGCUCCGACAGGGUGUGCUUGGAAUCAAGGUGAAAAUCAUGCUUCCCUGGGACCCCAGCGGCAAGAUCGGCCCCAAGAAGCCCCUUCCUGACCAUGUCAGCAUCGUGGAGCCCAAAGAUGAGGUUCUCCCCACCACCCCAGUGUCUGAACAGAAGGGGGCCAAGCCCGAGGCCCCUGUCAUGCCACAGGGACCCCCAGUGCCAACUGCAUAAAGGAAGGGGUUCACACAUCACUAUUGGAAGGCCUUCAUUUUUAUGUAUAAAAAUAAAUAAGGGCAAAAUCUA